AAUGAAGUCAAGCCUGUUCUGAUAAACCAAUUAGUCUGCCGCUAUUUUCAUGGGGAAAGCGAUGAGGGAGAGUCGGUAGUUCCAGCAUUCUCACAGAGUUGGCCCUUUCCCAUAGCUGAUGCAGUUUCCGAGAGCCGAGGGGCAGCCUAAGUUUAUUUCCCACUUCCUGCUUUCCAGGGAGACGCGAUGGUCCCUACAAUGUCCGUGUUGCUGUCUCUCUGGAUAACAGCCUGCGCCCUGGUGUUCAGUCACGGAGCCCUUCCGCCAACACUCGAGCAACUUUAUCUGCACCGGCCAGAUGGAGGUACAUGUGAAGUCAUAGCUGCACACAGAUGCUGUAACAAGAAUCGAAUUGAAGAACGAUCACAGACUGUAAAGUGUUCCUGUCUGCCAGGGAAAGUAGCUGGGACAACCAGGGCCAAACCAUCUUGUGUUGAUGCUUCCAUUGUUAUUGGAAAAUGGUGGUGUGAGAUGGACCCCUGUAUAGAGGGAGAGGAAUGCAAGACAUUACCAGAUAAUUCAGGAUGGAUGUGUGCUUCUGGCAAUAGAGUUAAGACUACAAAGAUCCAUCCGAGAACCUAAAACCCAGACUCCAGACUAUUCGUAAUGAUGGAAGACAGCCAUUAUGACGGACAGUUAGCUCAAACACUGCAAUCAUAUCAGAAUUUACAAUACAAAAGUGUAACACCAUCUGAAGCAUUCCUGGACCCACUAGAUUUGGUACUUAUACACUGA